GCCACGUCAGCAACAGUGCCACGUCAGCAGUGCCACGCCAGCAGUCCCACGUCAGCCACAGUGCCACGUCAGCAGUGUCACGGCAACAGUGCCCCGCCACCAUGACGGGCGCAGCUCUGGGCAUUCCAGGCCAACUGGCCAACGAGUCUAUUGCCGACUACAAACAGCGGUUCCAGACUCAGCUCGCAUUGAUCGAGGAUGAGGAACAUCGCCAGCUGGCAGCCGAGGCUGCCCGCCUACAGAUGGAAGCAGCGGCAACAGCUGAGAAGCAGCGGCUCCAAACCGAAGCUGAAGCAGAUGCCCAGGCACGCCGCAAGGAAGCCCAGGAUCUGCUGCAGCGGCACGAAGCCGCCGGCAUCGAAAGACUCAAGUUCUGGCACUUUCAACCAUCCAACGGCGACGACGCGACACCGGAGGAGCAGCACAAGGAGUUCCUCUCCAAACUUGUAACACGGUUGUUAUACGCUUGCAACUACCGACAGUCCGAGUUAGAGAGACAGAACCAGGAACUGCAGCAACAGUACCAGGAUCUGAAGAAACAGCACCAGGAGUUGGCGAACCUCCGUCGAACAGUGCAGAGCCACGAGGAUGCUACACGGGCACUCAAUUCCCGUGUACUGGACCUGGAGCAAGCUGCACCAGGACCAGAUGCUGGCGAGUCCAGCAGUGCACCCUCUACCCGCCAACUGGAGGAACGCGUCGACCACGUCGUCGCAAUGCUCGGCGACAUCAGCACCUUCAAGGCACCAACCACCAUCAACAAUCAGCUGGAUACCUUGAAGACCGAGGUCCAGCAACUGCAGCUGCCUAACAAGAAUGGCAACAACACACAGCAUUACAAGAUGCCAACUUUUCAAAUUGAGAAGUUCGAUGACUACACGCAUCACGACCCGAUCUGGUUAACCCACCUGGCAGCCACCCACGGCGUCGACGUCGCAGAUCUGAAAGACAAGAUCACAUGGGAAGAGUUAACAUGGUUGUGGAAGAAGCGGUUCAUCGUGGACGACGCACCUGCACUCGCCAUCAACCGUCUCUUCAACAUGACACAAGGCAACACAGCAACACGUGACUGGCUCACGGAAUGGCAGAAGAUCGCAACAACGCCCGAUCUCGACUUGCCAUUUGCGCAUCUGCGCCGUGAGUUCUACAACAGGUCAUGCGCUGCAUUGAGCCUUGCUCUUGGUGAUCGCGAGCAGUAUGCAACCUUCACUGAGAUCAUUGACAAAGCGAGGGAGAUCAUCAAGACCAACAGGGCGGCUGCACACGAGAGGUCAGCGUGGCAGCCAACCUAUGUGGAGAAGGUCAAAACUGUACCAGCUCCGUUGAUGGACGCCGAAGUAGAGGUUGUCGACCUUCACGCCUGCAUUGCGAAGAUCGAUUGCGAGUUCAAGACGCAACGGUACGACGACAUCGACGCACCAUUGCUAUAUGUACGCAUUCAGAUCGCAGAGGCGACCUGCAGCGCUUUGAUCCAUUGCGGAGCAUCUCGCAACUACAUCAGCCAGGACUUCAUGCGAGGACCACCCGGUGAACUUCUACCGCUGCACAGUCACGUUCGUGAUCGGAACGGAGUACUAGCCCCAUGCACGGUGUCUCCUCCUCACCCUUCUAUCAGUUGCCACGUGGUAUCCGCAGCAAGCAUGCGAGCUUCCAUCAUCAGAGACGACAUCGAGGAAAUGGGGGUGUGUUUUCUCCACGCCCUCCUGCUCCAUGACGCUUCACCGAUGGACUCAUCUUCGGAUCCACGCAUCACCGAGCUUCUCGACGCCUAUAGCGACAUGUUCGAAGGCCCGCACGGAGUAGUACCGGAUCGGCCCAUCCGCCACGAGAUCAUCCUCGAGGACGGGGCCGUACCUCCGCGCGGUUGCAUCUACCAAAUGAGCGAGGAAGAGUUAAGUGUGCUUCGGGCACAACUCGAUGACCUUCUGGAGAAAGGCUGGAUUCGGCCUAGCUCAUCGCCAUACGGUGCUCCUGUUCUCUUCGUCAGGAAGAAGAACAAGGAUUUGCGGUUGUGCAUCGAUUAUCGCAAGCUCAACGUGCAAACGAUCAGAAACGCCGGCCCUCUCCCAAGCAUCGACGACCUUCUCGAGCGACUGGGCGGCGCCAAGUUCUUCUCCACGUUGAACCUCAAGUCGGGAUAUCAUCAACUCGAGAUUCGGAAGGAGGAUCGCUACAAGACUGCGUUUAAGACGCGAUAUGGGCAUUUCGAAUGGUUGGUUAUGCCAUUUGGCCUUACGAAUGCCCCGGCCACUUUCCAAGCGGCUAUGAGAACGGAGUUCCGACACAUGCUGGAUCGUUUCGUACUUGUCUACCUCGACGACAUCCUGGUGUACGACCGGAGUUUGGACGAGCAUGUGGAACACCUGCGCACCGUUUUGGAGCGGCUACGACAAGCCAAGUACAAAGCCAACCGCGACAAAUGCGAAUUCGCGCGGCAGGAGCUGGAGUACUUGGGACAUUAUGUGACGCCGCAAGGCAUCCGUCCGCUCGCGGACAAGAUCGAGGCCCUACGAGUUCCAUUCGUAUUCGAUGACGACGCACGCCGGUCAUUCCAAGCACUUAAGAUGGCUAUGCUCAUGGCACCCGUCCUUAGCAUCUAUGACCCCACCCUGCCGACGAGAGUGACAACUGACGCUUCCGGCUAUGGCAUUAGGGCAGUCUUGGAACAACACGACGGCGACGACUGGCACCCUGUGGAGUAUUUCAGCCACAAAGUGCCUCCCAUCAAUUCGCUUGAUGAUGCAAGGAAGAAGGAGCUGCUCGCAUUCGUCAUGGCUCUCAAGCGAUGGCGGCACUUCCUCCUUGGGCAUCGUAGGUUCACUUGGGUUACGGACAACAACCCACUGACUUACUACAAGACGCAGGAUACGGUGAACAGCACGAUCGAACGAUGGAUGUACUUCAUCGACCAAUUUGACUUCACACCGAAACAUCUUUCUGGCCUCUCCAAUCGCGCAGCAAAUGCACUCUCGCGAAGACCUGAUCUUUGCGCUAUGACACAUCAUGCCUUCGCAUUCGAUGAGGAACUUCAGCGACACUUCAUCUGGGGAUAUGAGUCGGAUCCGGACUUCGCCACAUUGUAUGCGCAACUAUCUUCAGAUCACCCGCCGGCCAGCCACUAUCGCAUUGUCGACGGGUACUUGCUCCUCCACUCGAGAGGCAAAGACUUAUUGUGUGUCCCACGAGACCGUCGUCUUUGAACUCGCCUUCUCGGUGAGUAUCAUGACUCGUGACUCGCCGGCCAUUUCGGAGUCAACCGCACCAUUGCACGGCUUCGACAACGA